GGAGCUGCGCAUUGGUUCAUCUGACAAUUUAUGGGGACCGCGCUGAGUACACCGCUCCGUUCAUGAAACAAAGACGCAGACUCUGAGGGAGCUUGUUAUAUAUAGUACCAAAGAGAGCCAAGUUGAAAUGCUCCCUAAUAGCAUGAAGCAGGACAUCUAGUCUCUCUUUAGUAUUACACGUCAUAUGGCAUCGAAACUGUCCGAGUCUGAGUUCAACAUCAACUGAGGCCAACGUGAGGGGGGAAGCAAAAGAAUUCCCACGGGUCUGCGCGAGUUGACCACUAACGACAAUGGCGACACCAGUGCUUCCCCCUCAGAUUGAUUCAGACGGUCCUUCUGGACGUAGAAAGAGGUCUCGUUCUCGCUCAGCUGGUGAGCCAGACGGCAUUCCACCAUCAACUCGCCGUCGUUCGCAGUCACCGUUCCGGGUUCAUAUAGACCUUCCUCGUGUAAGCGAUGUGGACCCUAUUCGACGAGCCGAACGAGAGAGGCAACUCGCUGCUAAUAUAGCAGCCAUGAACCUCGAAAAAGCGUCAAAUCCCAAAGUGCAGAAUAGCGCACAGGAUCAAGCAGAGAAACAGGCUGAAUUCGCCAAGCUCAUAGGCUCACGCUCGGGUGGCGUGUACAUGCCCCCUGCACGUCUACGCGCCUUGCAAGCUGCCGCUGGUAAUGAUAAAUCCAGUCCAGAAUACCAGCGGUUGUCUUGGGAUGCGCUUCGCAAAUCUCUGACCGGUAUCGUCAAUCGAGUCAACAUUGCGAAUAUCAAGCAAAUCGUCCCUGAACUCUUCUCCGAAAAUCUCAUUCGUGGUCGAGGCCUUUUUUCCCGGAGCAUCAUGAAGGCGCAGUCAUCAAGUUUGCCAUUUACGCCUGUAUUUGCUGCCGUGGUGGCUGUUAUCAACACAAAACUCCCUCAAGUGGGGGAACUUGUUCUCACUCGUUUAAUCAGUCAAUUCAGACGAUCAUUCAAACGAAAUGACAAGAUUGUAUGCCACUCAACAACGACCUUUAUUGCUCAUCUCGUCAAUCAAGCCGUCGCUCACGAAAUUAUAGCUCUCCAAAUCCUGGUUCUUCUUCUCGAGCGCCCCACCGAUGACUCAAUCGAAAUUGCUGUCGGUUUCAUGCGCGAAGUAGGAGCCUUCCUCGCCGAAAACUCACCAAAGGCCAAUGCGACCGUCUUUGAGCGAUUCCGUGCUGUGUUGAACGAGGGGUCAAUUAGCCAUAGGGUUCAAUAUAUGAUCGAAGUCCUGAUGCAAACUCGGAAGGAUAAGUACAAGGACAACCCAAUCCUUCCCGAGGGCCUUGACUUGGUCGAAGAAGAAGAGCAGAUUACGCACCAAAUUCAGCUUGAGGAAGAGCUCCAGGUUCAGGAAGGAUUAAAUAUUUUCAAGUUUGAUCCUAAUUUCCCAGAGAAUGAGGAAAAGUACAAGUCUAUCAGGGCUGAGAUUCUAGGUGAAGGUUCAGAGGGCGAAGAAUCUGGUUCUGAAGAAUCGUCAAGCGAGGAUGAAGACGAAGUGGUCGCGGAUAAGGAAGGCAUUGAAGAUCGUACGGAGACCAACCUCGUGAACCUGCGUAGGACGAUCUACUUGACGAUCAUGAACGCCCUUAAUUACGAGGAGGCUGUCCAUAAGCUCCUCAAAGUCCAGAUAAAAGAAGGCGAUGAGAUUGAACUCAUCAACAUGGUCAUCGAAUGUUGCUCCCAAGAGCGUUCUUACUCCACUUUCUAUGGUCUUGUUGGCGAGCGCUUCAGCAAACUCAACCGUGUCUGGACAGACGCACUCGAGCAGGCCUUCUCUAAUUACUACACAACAAUCCAUCGGUAUGAAACCAAUCGCCUGCGCAACAUCUCCCGUUUCUUCGGACAUAUGCUUGCGACGGAUGCUGUCUCGUGGGUUGUGCUCGAGUGUGUCAAGAUCAACGAGGAGGAUACCACGAGUUCUAGCCGUAUUUUCAUCAAGAUUAUGAUGCAAGAGAUGAUGGAGAGCAUGGGAUUGAAAACGCUUGCGGAGAGGUUCAAGGACGAGCAGGUCAAGCAUGCGACCAAGGAUAUGUUCCCAAUGGAUAACCCGAAGAAUACGCGGUUCUCCAUUAACUACUUCACGAGUAUCGGACUUGGUGCUCUCACUGAGGAAAUGAGAGAGUAUCUCAAGAACGCUCCACGGCUUAUUAUGGAACAACGACGUGCCAUGCUGGAGCAAGAAUCGAAUUCAUCCAGCAGUGAUUCCGAUUCAUCUGAGGACUCGGAUUCUGAUUCUGAGUCCGACUCUGACUCUGACACGUCUCCGUCAGAUUCUGAAUCCUCGGUUGACUCUAGGCGCCGUCGACGAACCCCCCCUCCUCCUCGCAGAGGGCGGGAUGACUCACGCUCAGUGCCGCGCCGUCCUAGUGUACGAGACGGCUCCCGUCGUUCUCCUGCACGUCGUGAUGCGCGGGACGACUCGCGCACCCCGCCCCCGCGCCGUGGUGCCCGAGAUGACUCACGCAGCUCACCCCCACCCCCGCGUCGUGGUGCCCGGGAUGACUCUCGCUCGCCUCCUCCGCGUCGAGGUGGACGCUACCCCUCUCGUACGCCGUCCCCGUCGCCUCCGCCACGACAAAGAGAUGGGCGAGGAUAUCCUCGUCGUGACUCUCCUCCCCACCGGAGAGAUGACCGGUCUCCUCCUCGCAAGCGGGAUAUGGAUGCGCGGGAUCGCGGCGGGCGGGAUGGUGGAUACGAGUGGCGGCGCAAGGAUGAUCAUCGUGAGAGAGAGCGGCAUGAGCGAUCGCCUGGAGGUGAUAGGCGGCGGAGGGUGCCUGAUGAGAGGGAAAGAGACUAUGGUGGCAGGAGAUAAUUUGCUGGGAGGUGUGUUUUGGUGUCCCUACGUGUACUCAUGCUGUCUGGUGUUUGUUUGCAUGAUGGUGAACGGCCCUGUAUAUGCAGAUUUCAUCUAUUUCACCGCUGUGGAGUUGUCUCCCGCUAUAGGUUGAAGAGAUAUGUGUACGUUCUGAGGGCAGCUGGAGCAAUUAGUCGCUACUGUAUAUGUCAUCCCUCUGUUCGAAAAUAACAUGAGCUGUGCAUAA